CGCAACGUCGCCGUCAUGACGUAAGACGUAUGAAAGUGCGUAGUGACGGUUGCUGUUCGAUAGUUUUCCCUCCUCGUUGACAAAGCUAUCCGGCUAUGCUGAUGUUUAGCUAAAGAUACUUUAAUCUUUUCACAUUUCGGACUCCGAAGCUUUAACAUUUCGAGAGGAAGGUCGACAAAGAACCGAACAUCCAUAACAACGUUGUCAAAGAAGACUUAUGCGGUCCUGCUAGCAGGGCAAGAUGUUCAACAAGUCAUUUGGGACUCCCUUUGGUGGAGGGACGGGGGGGUUUGGCACCGCAUCGACCUUUGGACAGCAAAACACGGGUUUUGGGACGACGGGAGGCUUUGGGACGUCUGCGUUCGGGGCCACCGCCAACACUGGAGGACUGUUUGGUCCCACACAGAAUAAACCUGGCGGUCUGUUUGGCUCCAGCACGUUCAGCCAGCCGCCAGCUUCCUCCACCACCACCGGCUUCGGGUUUGGAGCAGCGACCGGCACCUCGACCAGCCUGUUUGGCAACACCGGGACCGGCACCAGCGGCGGACUCUUCUCUCAGCAGAACAAUGCUUUCGGCGCCAACAAACCCACCUCGUUCGGAAAAGUCUCCCUCCCAUCGUGUCCUCCAGGCUUUGGGACGAGCACCAGCAGUGGCGGGCUGUUUGGGUCCACCAACACCGCCUCCAACCCUUUCGGGGGGGGGGCGGUUUCCUCCCUGUUCGGAGGCGCGGGGUUCACCGCCGCACAGCAGCAGCCAGGAACAACCGUCAAAUUCAAUCCUCCAACAGGAACUGACACGAUGGUGAAAGCAGGCGUGACCACGAGCAUCAACACGAAGCACCAGUGCAUCACAGCCAUGAAGGAGUACGAGAACAAAUCCCUGGAGGAGUUGAGGCUGGAGGAUUACCAGGCGGGCAGGAAGGGCCCGACCAAUCCGAUGGCCGCGGGGACGGGCGGUCUGUUCGGUACACCCGCCGCAACUUCCAGCGCCGCCACCGGCCUGUUCGGCGCCACCGCCCCCAACACCAACUUCUCCUUCGGACAGAACAAGAGCCCCUUCGGAGCAGCACCAGCUGCCGGUGGGUUCGGUGCGACGGCAGGCGGCCUGUUCGGGACGCAGCCGCAGCAGCAGCAACAACCACAACCACAACCACAACAACAACAAGCCAGCAGCCUCUUCAAGCCGUUCGGUCAGCCCACCACCACACAGAGCUCCGGCUUCUCCUUCGGCAACACCAACACCAUGGGCCAGGCCAACACCAGCAGCAUGGGACUGUUUGGGAAUGCGGCGGCGCCGCAGCCGACCGGCUUGUUCGGCGCGGCACAGCCGAGCGCCGCCACCGGCUUUGGGGCGGCCACCGGGAUGUUCGGACAAACCAACACUGGAUUUGGAAACGUCGGCACACAGCAGAGUUUAUUCGGCAAUAAGACGGCGGGGUUCGGCGCCACCACCACCAGCGCUCCGUCCUUUGGCACCGGCACCGGGCUGUUUGGCAACAAGCCCGCCCUCACGCUGGGGACGGGAGCCAACACCUCCACCUUCGGUUUCGGUGCAAACCCCGCCGCAGGGAGUCUGUUCGGGAACAAGCCGGCCACCGGGGGACUGGGGGCUGCGCUGGGAACCAGCUUCGGAGCAGCAGUGGGAGCAGGGCAGACGUCUCUGUUUGGGAACAACCAGGGCAAACUGGGCACCACGCUGGGAACGAUGGGAACGUUCGGAACGACUGCAUUCAACAGUGGAGCCAGCGCACUGGGGUUUGGAGCUCCACAGCAGCCAGUUGCGCUCACAGACCCGAGCGGUGCGGCCGCCCAGCAGGCCAUGCUUCAGCAGCAGCUCAGCGUCCUCGCCUAUUCGCCGUACGGAGACUCGCCGCUGUUCAGAAACCCGCUGUCGGACCCCAAGAAGAAAGAGGAGCGUCUGAAACCGACCAAUCCGACGGCCCAGAAGGCUCUGACCACGCCCACCCACUACAAGCUGACCCCUCGCCCCGCCACCAGAGUGCGGCCCAAAGCGCUGACGUCCUCGGGGGCCUCCAAGUCGCAGCUGUUCGACGGCCUGGACGAUGACGAGCCGUCGCUCACCAACGGAGCCUUCGUACCAAGGAAGAGCAUCAAGAAGCUGGUGCUGAAGAACCUGAACAGCAGCCAGUACAGCAGCCCCGUCAGCAAGGAGAGCGACGACCUCGCCUCCCCGCCAGAGUAUCCACAGAACGGACACAGUCAUGUGGAGGAGGAGGAGAUGGCGGGCCUCAGCAGCCGCGCAGACGACGACCCGGAAGUCACCCAGUUCUACGUCAACCCCAUCGCCAAACCCAUCCCGCAGGGCCGCGCCCAGACCAGCCUGCAGGACACCAUCAGCGACCUCAACAUGCACAAAGCGGCCAGGAACGGCCUGGAGCUGAGCAGCGAGGACGUGUCGGCGUCUCUGGGUGACGAGUCUCUGCAGGAGGACAGAGACGAGGAGCAGCAGGAGUCCCAGCUGUCUCCUCACCCUGCAGGCAUCGUUCUGAACCGUGUUGGGUACUACACCAUCCCCUCCCUGGAGGAUCUGGCGGAGAUGGUGGGCGACACCGCCGACUGUGUGGUGGAGAACUUCACCGUCGGCAGGAAAGGCUACGGCUCCAUCUUCUUCCCCGGCGAGGUGAACGUGUCGGGACUGAACCUCGACGAGAUCGUGCACUUCAGACGCAAAGAGGUCAUCGUGUACCCGGACGACAAAAACAAGCCUGCAGAGGGGGGGGGGCUAAACAGGCGAGCGGAGGUGACUCUGGAUGGCGUUUGGCCGAACGAUAAGACGGCCUGCAUGCAGAUCCGGAGCCCCGAGCGCCUGACGGAGAUGAACUACGAGGGUCGGCUGGAGAAAGCCUCGCGCAGACAGGGAGCUCGUUUCCUGGAGUACAGAGCAGAGACGGGAUCCUGGGUGUUCGAGGUGGCCCAUUUCUCCAAAUAUGGCCUCCAGGACUCUGACGAGGACGAGGAGGUCCCGCCCAAAGCCGACCCCAAGAAGCUGAAGACGAUGACGUCACUUCCUGCCUCCCAGCAGCAGGUGGCGCCACAGGCUCAGUCCACCGUCGUCGUGGAUCUCCCGGGCGGCAUGGCGGAGUUGGACAGCGACAUGGCCGACAUCACGCAGAGCUUCCCGACAGAGAGCAUGCUGGGAGGAGAGGAGGACAGUGAGCUGCUGGCGGGGGAGAUGGGAGGGAAGCUCGGAGGUCUGAUCUCCGCGGAGCACGACGUCGUCUCUGCAUCCAGCCACAUGGCGUCCUCGCUGGGGAUCAACCCGCACACCCUCCAGAUCAUGAAGGCGUCUCUGUUUGCUGAGGAUGAGGAAGACAUGUUUCAGGAUCAGGCAGCGAUGAAGGUCACCUCUGACGUCUCGUCCCCUCGCCUCGUGCUGCCGGGAGCUCAGAGCCGACCCUCAGUGGGUGGCCUCCUUCAGGCUCGGUUCACCUCCGGCCUCUUCUCUCAGCUGUCGGAACCCCCCCGUCCUCCUUCUCUGUUCCGAGGUUCCCCGGCUGCCGUCGAACCCCCCCGCUCGCUGCACUGGGCCGGUCCGGGCCCCUCCAACUUCCUGCUGCCCCCCCGCACUCCAGAGCCUUCGGUCAGGACGGUGGGCGUCCGGCGGCUCGGCGGCCCCGUCCCCCUCAAAGAGUCGGUCACCCAGGGGAAGGGGAGUUUUCUGAUGGACGCCGGCCUCUUCACAGGUCGCUCCUUCCGGGUCGGCUGGGGUCCCGGCUGGACGCUGGCGCACUGCGGACGCACACUGAGCUGCACAGACCAACACCAGGAACCUAAAACAGACUUCAGCUUCCUGCCAAAAGCUGCCAGGAGCAAACCGCUGAUGGAGAGCUCCUAUAAGGUCGUGUUGGAGCAGCUGGCGGGUCUGCAGCCUCCAUUGAACACCAGCGAGGAGGACGGGGAGCGGGAGGAGAGCUGGACGGUGCUGCAGCGCCCCCUGGAGAUCUGCCUGAAGCACAGCACCGUCGACACGGUCGAAGCCUCCGCCUGCCCUCUGGUGCGCCCGCAACCCGGCGUGGCAGCGCUGCACGAGUACGCCGAGUGGAUCCGCGAGCUGAACGACCGACAGGGAGACGCAGACCCCCUCCUGGGCUCCUGGGCGGAGGUCUGGACUCUGUGUGAGGCCCUGUGGGGCCGGCUGGGUCCUGCAGAUCAGGAACCCGACGUGGAGCUCAGCGACUACGAGCAGCAGCUGGAGCGGAGGCGGACCUUCUCGGCCUGGCUGUCCCGCGGAGCCACCGUCAGGGUGGAGGAGGAGGUGGCGCUGGCGGGGAAGGGUCGCCACACGGAGGCCAUCUACAGCUACCUGACGGGCAACCGCAUCAGUGAGGCGUGCAGACUGGCCCAGAAGGAAGGAGACCACCGUCUGUCCCUGCUGCUCUCUCAGGCCACGGGCUCUCAGUUCUGCCGGGACCUGCUCGCCCUGCAGCUCGCCGACUGGAACCGCAUGCAGACCGACAGCUUCCUGCCCGAGGAGCGGCUGCGCAUCUUCACGCUGCUCGCCGGGAAACCUGUGUGGCAGUCGUCGGACUCCGUGGUCAACGUGUGCUCUGAGCUGGACUGGAAGCGCUGCGUGGCCGUCCACCUCUGGUUCAUGCUGCCUCCGACCGCCUCCGUGGCCGACGCCCUCGCCAGAUACGAAGCCGCCUUCCAGGGCUCGUGUGAGGGGGGGAAGUACGCCUGCGCCCCUCUGCCCCCAUACCUGGAGGCGGAGCAGCCGGACCUGGAGGAGGAGGAGGAGGAGGAGGAGGAGGAGGAGUCUAAACGUCCGCUGCACGACCUCUGCUUCCACCUGCUCAAACUCUACAGUGACAGACACUACAGCCUGCAGCAGCUGUUGGACCCUCUCACGGUCACCUGGGAGCGUCUGGAUUACCGCCUCAGCUGGCACCUGUGGGGCGUCCUGCAGGCGCUGCACUACAGCCACCUGAGCGCCUCGCGGCAGGGCCUGCUCCACACCAGCUACGCCGCACAGCUGGAGAGCGCCGGCCUCUGGCACAUGGCCGUCUUCAUCCUGCUGCACAUCCCCGACCACACUCAGCGGGAGCGAGCCGUGAGGGAGCUGCUAACCCUCCACUGCCCGCUGCAGGACACGGACGAGUCUGCGCGGAGGGAGCGCUUCCUGACCGAGAGGCUGCGGAUCCCGGAGCGGUGGAUCCACGAGGCCAAGGCCACCCGAGCCCGCCGCGACGCCGACCGGCACCAGGAGGCCCUGCACCUGUACCGGGCCGGAUACUGGAGCCAGUGUCACCGGCUGCUCAUCCAACACCUGGCCUCAGACUGCAUCAUCAACGACAACCACGACUACCUGCUGGAGUUCCUGGAGGGGCUGGCGGUCCCUGAACGCAGCGCCACCAUCCAGGACUGGGACACGGCGGGGAGAGUUUACCUGGACUACAUCCGAGUCAUCAACACUCUGCAGGACAUACAGCAGAUGUGUGUGAUGAUGGUAAAUGUGUUGCAGAUGGAGAGCGCUGGUUACGAGCUGGAGCGUCUUCACAGUGACGUGACGUCUCUGUGCAGCAGAAUCGAGCUGCUGCCCUGCAGCUCCGCCAGAGACCGUCUCGCCCAAUCAGAAAUGGCGAAGCGUGUGGCCAACAUCCUGCGAGUGGUGCUGACCCUGCAGCAGGGCGACGCUGCCUCUGACCCCCUCAGCAUCCCGCUCGCACAGCUGGCGCCGCACAUCACCCGCCUGCCGAUGCCGGAGGACUACACGCUGGAGGAGCUGCGCGGCCUCACGCAGUCGUACCUGCGGCAGCUCAUCGUCAGCCAAUGAGAGAGCGGGAAGGCUCACGUGUUCCCUGCAGAUUGAAGAAGAUUAAAAGGCGUUGAGCUGCUCAAACAUCCUGAAGUUCUGAUGCAGAACGUUUCCAAAAAGCAAAAACAAACUUGAAAAUGAAGUCGGGAAAAAGUUUUACUCCGAUCAUUCCUCGUCAGUGUCGGGGGAGAACUUUAUCAGAUCAGCAGUAAGUGGCUGCGUCGUCCCGUUCGUGGUCACAGACCGGUGGACUAGUAAAACCAUCUGUGGGGUCACAGGUGACGACGGGGCGGAGCAGAAACGAAGAGAUGAGCGACGGAGUCUCGGCUUCAUGUUGGAAUCUAAAACCAUCCUGCUGGUUCCCAUCUGUUAGAAACAUCACAGCUUAUCGGGUAAAGCUGCGUCCCGGGACCCCACGGACCCGGGUCACGUCUGCUCGUCGUGUUUAUUCUCCUGAAGUUCUCCCCAUGAAGCGGACUCAUCUCCCGUGUUUUAUAGCGUCUUUGUUGCCGCACUACACGGUGCAUGUGAGCGUUUAAAUGUUUGACCUCUGACCCCCAAAGAAAGCGUCGUGUUAUUGAUCAGAUCAGACAAAAAAAUGUUGUUUCAUUCUGAGAUUUGGUUUUAUUCAAACCGCCGUCAGCUUCGCGUGGCGUGACGGCGGCGUCCGUCAUGUGAAUAAAGACGAUUAUCUUAAUAUUAAAGACGAGCUGCAGACAACGUGCAGAGUGUAACAUGCAUAACGGUCUAUUUUUGUAGUGUGUGUGUGUGUGUGUGUGUGUGUGUGUGUGUGUGUGUGUGUGUGUGAAGAGUUUCCUUCCAAAGACGCGCUGCCAGACUUCAUGUAAUUAUAUAAAUAUUGUAUAUUUUUGGAAAAUGAAACCGAGAAUAUGGUUUUUAUUCUCCAGCUUUGAUGAAUCACCUGGAUGCAAAGUGUUUGUGAUGAAACUCUUCACCUGUAGAUUCAUCAGGAUGCUCCAUGUUAUCCUCCUGUUAGUGUGUGUGUGUGUGUGUGUGUGUGUGUGUGUGUGUGUGUGUGUGUGUGUGUGUGUGUGUGUGUGUGUGUGUGUGUCUCCGUGUUUCUUGAUGAUUUUGUUGAUAAUAUUUUUUAAUAAAGUCGAGUAGAAAUAAAGUUUUUUUUCAUGGUA